AUGACGACACCCAUCGUGGUAUGCGGCUCAGGCAUAGCAGGAGCUGCGUUGGUCCGAGUGUUGCAUCAUCACGGCCUGGCAAAGCAUUGCAGGAUCCUAGAAAGAGCCAAGUAUGAAGAUCGGCAGGGUCAUUCGCUGACCCUACACGACUGGGCCAUGGAUUCACUCGAUAGCGCGCUUGGGGAAAAGCUGGACUGGAAGUCGGCAACAGUCGAUGCGCUCUUGUCGCCGGCCUUGCGAAACCCAUCAUCUGCUCCGCCAGAUCAAUCCAAGCUACGACUCAAUCGGGCUAGACUACAAGACCUCUUGCAGGCCGGCUGGAAGGACAAAGUAGAGCACGAGAAGAUUGUCAAGACGAUCGAGACGGAUGCUGACGGCGUGUCGGUCCUGCUCGAAUCCGGGGAAAAGAUCAGAGCGUCCGUCGUCAUUGCGUGCGAUGGCGUGCAUUCCAUCGUGCGAAGAGCCUUCUUGCCCAACCUGAAGCACGAGAUCCUCGACGUCGUCAUGUAUUCCGGUCAAAGACUCAUGUCGAUCGAAGAAGCAAAGCCUUACAUGACCUCGAGUACGACCAGCCAGACAUUACGACAAAACGGCAGGUAUGCAUGGUACAGCUUCAAUAACCUCGAAGAGGGUGAUACGAGGCUCCAAUGGGCCUAUGGACGAAGGCCGCAAAACUCAAAGGAAGACGAUCCGCUGUGGAAGCCAGAACGAACGCUUGAAGAUGCACAGAAGAUACCCGACGCACUCUACACGGAGACUGAUGCUUUCUCGAAAGAAACAUCGGAGCCUUGGCACCAGCUGCUACAGAGCAUCAAGCCGGACAAGGGGGACAGGAUCUACAACUGGCUGAUGCGGUCAAUGGACCCUACGCAAAGCAAAGUACACGAAGAUCGUGUUGCUUUGCUGGGCGAUGCCAGGCACUCGAUACCGCUCCUCGUGAGCGAAGGCGGUGCUUGCCAUGCUCUGGUCGACGGAGCUAAGCUUGGCGAGGCUCUUGCAAAUGCGCUCAACAAAGGCGAUCCUCUCGUUGACGUACUGAGCUCGUUCGAAAGCAACUCGACCCAACGAUGGUCAGACGCCCACAGGACCGGCCGAGAAGCAGGCAUGGCUCUCGUCGACACCGACAGUAAACUGUAA